AUGUUGAGAAGUUUGCGGUGUAAUCUUCAGUUGAUUAAUUCGACAAAAAAUUUUUGCAAUAAACAAAUUUAUGAUGAAGUUCGUGUACGUUUUGCUCCUUCACCAACCGGUAAUUUGCAUUUGGGUGGUCUUAGAACGGCACUUUAUAACUUUUUGUUUGCUCGAUCACAUGGUGGUAAAUUUCUUUUGCGAAUUGAAGAUACCGAUCAGCAACGUUUGAUACCUGGUGCUGUGCAACAGAUAGAAGCAACAUUGGACCGUUACGAGCUGUUUCGAGAUGAAGGCCCUUCAAACAAUGGUAAAUUUGGACCAUACAUACAAUCUGAAAGGAAUGCAAUUUACCGAGAUGCUAUUGAGCAACUUAUUGAUAGUGGCAAUGCAUAUCGAUGCUUUUGUACGAAAACACGUUUGGAUAUGUUACGUCGAGAAGCGGCUAGACGUCAUGAAGUGCCAAAGUAUGAUAACCAUUGUCGUGAAUUGACCGAUCAGGAAGUUAGGAAAAAGUUGGAAAAUGGUGAAAAUUAUGCUAUCAGAUUUAAGUUAGAAAACAAGGAAAUAUAUUUUAAGGAUCAGAUUUUCGGUGAAAUUACGCUAAGAACCGAUGAAGGAGAUUUUAUACUGAUGAAGACUGAUUCAUUUCCAACCUACCAUUUGGCGAAUGUUGUUGAUGAUCAUCACAUGCAGAUUAGUCACGUAAUACGUGGUUCUGAAUGGCUUACGUCUGUUUCAAAGCAUAUACAACUUUACCAAGCUUUUGGAUGGUCUUCUCCUGUAUGGAUUCAUCUUCCAUUGCUCGUGAGAAGUAGAAACAAGAAACUUUCAAAACGUGACAAGGAUGCUUUCGUAGAAUUUUACGAUGUGGACAAAGGAUAUUUGCCAAUUGCGGUGCUGAAUUAUUUAUGUCGAAAUGGAAGUGGUAUUGAAGAUUUCGAUGUAUCAAAGCUCUAUACACUAGAUGAAAUGAUAGAAAAAUUUAAUGUUAAUUUAAUUGGCAAGCGAAAUAUAAUGAUGGAUCAGUUGAUUCUUGAUGCAUAUGGUAAUAAAGCGAUACAGAAUGCUGACAUUGACAAACAGUUAGUGCCAGAGAUUAUGAAGCGUCUUCAGAGGAUAUUUCCAGAAGCUGCCGCAGAAUUGAUUUCCGAUCCUGAUUAUGUCAGGAAGGUGCUUGAUUUUUUUAGACGAACGGAUCAAAAGCUGUGUUACCUAGAACAGUUAACCAAUAGUGAUUUCAAGUAUUACUUCUUACGAUCAACUAGUCCAGAAAAAAUGCUUUCUGAGUUUGAUGCGCAAAUAGCAUCAUCUAUUCUGAGUGGUCUUAUGGAUUGCGAGGAAUGGAAUAUAGAUUACAUAAAAUCGUUAGCUUCCACACAUGGUAUCAAAUAUGUCCAAAUAUUUCGAAUCAUACGUUUAGCGCUAAUCGAUUGCCAAAGUGGGCCACCAGUUAUGGAACUAUUUGAGUUUUUCGGAAAAAAAGAAUGUUUGAAGAGAUUUUUGACUAUGAUUGAAAUGUUAAAAGAAUCCAAAUUGUCAUCAUCAACAAUCUAG